GCCCCGACUACUUGUCACCUCUCUUCAUCAUCUUCAUCCCCAUCUCGCACACCCUCUCCUGCUUUUCUCUUCCAUGAUCACCUUGAGAUAGACGUAAGGCAUACCACAAUAGGCACAACACCUGCCCACCAUGCCCAAGCUCAACUUCGAUGUCGACGAAGCGACGCUGCUUAAGGCGUACAAGAUCUCGUCGCUCAGGCCGACCCAGUGGGAAGAGAUAGACCACGACCUCGAGGACUCCGUGGCGGGUUCGCUGGCGAACGCGAGCGCGGACGGUGAUGGGGGCGACCCGCUGGGUUUCGGCAGCGAAGUAAAUAUCAGAGAGAUGGAUAUGGAAACCAAGGCCUCCGUGGUCAUCUCGUCCAAGUCCUUCGAUCCCAAAGCGUUCCUCUCCAUCGUGCACCCGAAUGCAACAUAUCAGGACCUCUCAGCCGGAAUCUAUCACCUCAAGCAAUCCAUCGACGCGCGCUCGGAGGCCGUUAGGAUCCUGGUCGAGGACAACUUUGACCGCUUCGUGGCGGUGAAGAACUCUACUGAUGCCCUACACGCGGAGAUGAAGGAAGGCCUCCUUGCGCCAGCAUCGGACUACGCUUCUAAACCCUUGCGCGACCAGCUGAAAGAGGCGGCGAUUAAGGCGGACCAGGUCUUCUUGCCCGUGCUGGAGAACGCGUCGAAAGCGCAGAAACUACGAACAACCCUCGGCGUCUUCGAGCGCUCAGGCUUCUUCUUCAACCUGCCCGGGUUCAUCAUCGAGUCCAUCGAAGCAGGUCGCUUCGACCUCGCCAUCCGCGACUACAAGAAGGGCAAGCUCCUGCUCGAGACGCGCCCGGGCCAGCUCCUCCCCAUCAGCCCGAGCAGCGCGGAGCGCAACCGCGAGGGCACAGGUAGCAGCGCGGACCGCAAGAUGGAGCAGCAGCAGAAGCGCAUCCUCGAGAAGGUGUGGGCGAGCGUGGAGAAGGCCAUGGGCGAGAUGCGGCGGGUGCUGUUUGCGCAGCUGCAGGAUCCGCGGCGGAGUGUGGAGGAGCAGGAGCGGACGUUGGAGAUCCUGAUGGACCUCAAUACGGCAGAGGACCCGAUGUGGACGUUCUUCGACAGCCAGCACAAGUACAUUACCGACCAGAUGAACGCGGCGUACAAGACUGCUGUCGCUAAAGUGCAAGAAAUUCACGACCAGCACGAGACCGAUCAGACGCAGAUAACCGCACUCAUUGCAGCAGAGCUGCGGGUCGCAGUAGCGGCACUGGAAACGAAGCAGCCAGAAGCGGUUUUGGCAAAAUCAUCUGGCGAGCCCGUUUGGAUCGCCAUCCUCGCCAUGGUCAAAGCGGUUUCGGAGGUUCUCCUUACAUCCCUGCCGAAUUUCUGGCGUAUAGCGAAGUCGUUCAUGGAUGGACGGUUCAAGCGGCCCUCUUCCACACGACGAAGCGCCACGCAAUGUCGCACUAUGGCUGUCGAUAUGGUCAAGCAGUACAUCGCCCUCAUCUCGCAGUUCUUCCGGCUGAGCGACAUGGCUGUCCGCUCGCCGAGCGCGGAGAAGUCAGACUCACUUCUACCCGCAAAUUCGCACUCCCUGUCGACUACCCACUACCUCCUACGCAUAAUGGGCGAGAUACAAGAGACGGUGAACGAGCUCAACUCGAUGGAGAUCUCGUCGGACGCUGGCGUUAGUCUACGCGGCUUGAUGGAGAGCGCGAAAUGGACGUUCGAGGACGUGUUGAUCUCGGCAUGGCUCAGAGACGCCAGCAUCUUCUACCACCUCGAGUCCUGGGUCGCCGCUCCCGACGCGCCCUCGCACACGCACUACGUCUCCCUCAUGGAGGAACUCCAGCGGCAUGUCACCACCGCCGCCUACAAGCUCGCCGGCGGCGUCGACCUCGUCGCGACCUCGAUCUCGAAGCCGGUGAAGCAGCAGGCGAUCCCGCAGGCGUUCGUCGCGAAGAUCACGAAGGCGUUUUUGGACGCGCUGUAUGCGUUCUUGGAUGGGCUGGUGCAUCUGGCGUCGGACGAGAGCCCGGCGGUGAGUGCGGCGCCGGGGGUGGCGGGCGAGCUGUCGGCGCCUGGGGGGAGGAAUCCUUUGGAGUUGUUGGAUCUGAGGGAUACGGAUACGCGGUUAUUGCUGGUUAUUUCGAACUUCAACUACUUGACAACAUCCGUGAUUCCGAGCAUGAUCACGCAGUUGGAGAACGCGUUCGGCAUCUCGGUCGCUGAGGAGCGAAAUACUCUUAUGACGGUUGUUCAAGAACUGGAUAAGACGCUGUUCGAGUCGUUCGUGAAGCCGAAAGGCGUCGCCGUCAUGCGCAUUUUGAGGAGCGGUAUACUCGCCAGCGACAUGGACUGGUACGAGACGCCGCAACCGACAGAAAUUCGGCCGUAUAUGUACGAAACAUUGCUCUUCCUCGUUGGUGUGCAUGCGCAAGUUACGAAGGUUGCGCCCGCCCUGCUGGAGCGCACCUUCAGCUUCCUCGUCGAAGAGCUUGCCGAGGAAGCCCUGCGCUGUUUCCGCCAGGUCAAACGCUUCGGCAUGGGAGGCAUGCUUCGCGCGACCCUCGAAAUCGAGUUCAUGCACCAAACCCUCGGCCGGUACAUCACCCCGCCCGCAGCACGCACUCUCUCCGACCUCUACACGAAGAUCUCGCAGGCGUACGCGCGGCGGCCGGGCGAUGAGAACCUGCAGAGCAAUCUGGACGGCGUGAAGAAGACGCUGGCGGACACGCGGCGGGCGACGGGGAUCGAGUUCUUGUGCUUCAGGCAGACGAAGAGUGGGAGCAGUAAGUCGAAGGAGGGCGGUGGGAAGGAGGGUGGAAAGUCAAGAGACAGAUCGGAAGCGAGGGGGGCGAGGGAUGGAUCGAGGUAGGCGAGUCGUUCGAUGUCUGCCUCACGGACUAUUGUGUUUGGAUAUGAUCUUUCAUCUCUCUUCAUUUGCUCAUGCAUCGACACUUCUACGAGCUUCGCAGUCUCUGCGCUUCCGUCUCCGUGCAUGCACUGAGCACAGAACACGAACGAGGGUCAAGCUGAACAUUGAG